AGAAAGUCCCCGUCACAAGGUGAUCACAUGGGAGGGGAGGAAAGACACAACCCAAAUAUGGAGAGUCGUGAUGAGGCCACACAGGAUGAUGACUUGCAUCCGAGUAGAAGUGAUGAGAAAACAGUCGUCAACAACCAGCAAGCAAAGAGGAAGGGUGAGUGUGACGUGGCAGGGGAGGAAACGCCGGCCUCAAACAACACAACUGAAGUGAAUGUCAGACACAGAGAGACUGGAGGGGAAACAAAGAGCAAAGGAGAGCACCCAUACGCAGAAAUAGGGACCGUUAAAAGAGACUCGCAGACUGAAAAACUCCUACAAGAGUGGAGAAGCAAAAAUCAAGCAGGAGUGGAAGAAGAGCAGGAGCUAGAUUUGCAGGUGCCCAGUAAUCCCUAUGGUAACGUUGCUUCUCAGGUGAAUCUUGAACAAAUUCAACCCACCUUAGAAGGGAUUAACACCGGAGCAAUGACUCCAGAAGAGGUGGAGGCCAUUCGGAUCCGAAUGAGCGGAGCAUGGAGCAUGUCCGAGGAACCCAAGCGUCAUUCCCAGGCCCCCCAUCUUAAAUGGGCUAAAAAUGUGUUGUGGGAGAUCCUGGGACACUCGGAGGAACAUACCAUUGAUAAAGCAGGACAACAAGGGGUCAGUCAGCCGGAGAUGGACAACAAGGACAUGGAACAGCAGGAGGAGGCUGGACAAGGGACCGCACGUGUGCCUGUUAUCCAGUUGAGUACGGACGAACAGCACUCGGAGACAGAGCUGGAGGAGGAAGAGCCGUCGGAGGAGUUGAGAGGUAUGGGGCAAGACCAAGCCGACAUGCAUGCUGACCAGUUCACAUCUAUGCAUGGUGACUUAACUGCAUACACUCAUGGUGACACAUUGUUAGACAAAGAAGGGAAGUUGGAUCCCAGUAUGGACAUAGUAACUGAGCCAUCUGAUCACAUUCAGUUAGAAAAGGCAGCAGUAGAGGUGAUCAUUAGCGAAGAGGCAGGGGAUCAUGUUAUUCCAGAUGAUAUGGAAAGCAGAGAAAGCAGAGAUAAGGAGGAGGAGGAGAUGUAUUUAACCGUGAGCCACACGCUGUACAAGCCUAACAGCUGCCCUAUUCUUAAUUAUGAUAUUGAAUCUGACCUCCUGGAUAUCUCCAGAGAGGGGGAAGACAGAAUGGGGGAAAGUGAAGAAGAAAGGCAGGGAGAGGGGCCUGAGGAGAGGGCUACUGUAGAGGAGGUGGGAGAGGAAGGUGAGGGGGGUAAUGGAGAAGGAGAGGCGGUGGCAAAGACCAAGACAGCAGGGGGGGCUGGGCUGAGCAGCUGCAGUUUUCGGGAUUUGGGUCCCCAGGCUCGAAUGAGACGAAGGGGAAUCCGUAAAACCACAGAAAGAAGAGAUGACGAGAAUGGAAGGGAUCGCAGAACCAGAAUUUUCUCUACAACAGAUGAUGAGGAUGAUCGAAGCAAAAGCUGGGGAGAAGUGGAGCUGAGAAAUGUUUUGGACACAAUCGAAAGACGGAAAAGGAAUUCAAAGAUUUUCAAUGCGGCCCAGUUAUACCAGCAGUACAACGAGGCGGCCCAGAACAUUGAGAUCCUGCGCCAGGCUCGCUCCGAUGGCGUCCCUCCUCCCUCCCCCCCUCCUGCCCGCAGACCCCUUCCUCCCCUACCUUCUGUCCCGCAUCCCCACUCCUUGUCCCACUCAAACUCCAUCACCAGUGUCCAAAGCUUGCCUCUCCCUGAGCCCCCGAAGAUUGAAGGCAGGCCUUCCUCCCCUCGUCUCUCCGUCUCGCUCUCUCAGUCGUCGUCUCAGUCGGCCUCUCUGUGGAGGGAGCUGCCGGGCGUCAGGAACAGCGUUGAGCUGGUGGAGCUCACAGAUGACGAGAGACGACUACAGGAGGUGAGAUUUGAGGUGGUGACCUCGGAGGCCUCAUACUGUCGGAGUUUGGACAUUGUUGUUGAACAUUUUGUCAAGUCCAAACAGUUAGGGACGCUGUUAGCCUCUCAGGAUAGGAACUGGCUCUUCUCCCGGCUCGCUGAUGUUCGAGCCAUCAGCCACAGUUUUUUAUCAAAGCUGGAGGAGCGUGUUGAAUCUGAUACCUUUCACUUCACGGUGUGUGAUAUCAUCGCAUGGCACUGUCAGCGCUUCAAAUUGGUUUAUGUGCCCUACCUCACCAACCAGUCCUAUCAGGACGCCACCUACCAGAGACUCAUGGAGGAGAAUCCAGGAUUCAGACGGAUAGUGGAGAAAUUAGAGAGGAGUCCUGUUUGCCAGAGACUUCCUCUUCGUUCCUUCCUCGUCCUCCCCUUCCAGAGGAUCAUAAGAAUUAGGCUGCUGGUCCAGAACAUUGUGAAGAGAACAACUCCUGGUACUGCAGAGGCAACACAGGCCAUCAAAGCUUUGAAACUUCUGGAGAAGCUGAUUCAAGAGAGUAACGACAGCAUCACUCAGAUGAAAAGCAUUGAGUCUCUGGUCUCUCUCAGUGCUAAAGUGGGCUUUGAGUGCAGGACUCUUCCUCUGAUCAGUCAGUCUCGGAGGAUGGUGCGUGAAGGUCUGGUCACUGAGCUGAUGGAUUUCUCUCUAAAGGAAACGGAGAGGAAUAUUUAUGUGCACCUAUUCAAUGACUAUUUGCUGAUUUCCCUUCAAAAAGAAGGGGGAAGGUUCACAGUUAUAGACCACUCUCCCGUAUCGGACCUGCGUGCUGAGAACUGUCGUGUCAAACUGCACACCCUCCAGAAGAACCUGUUCCGGCUACACAUGACAAACAGAGCCCUUCUGGUGCGGACAGACAAAGAGAGUGAUAAGCUACGUUGGAUAUCAGCUCUCUCCCGGCCUCAUCCUGAAAUAGACUUUUCUGCUGCAGAAGAUUUUACACAGAUGCAGUGUAUCCGGGCUAUUGUUGGCCAUCAGCCUGAUGAGCUUUCGUUGGAAAAAGCUGACAUCAUUCUAGUGCAUCAACAAAGCAGUGACCAUUGGGUAGAGGGGACCAGACUGUCCGAUCGGCAUCGUGGAUGGGUGCCAGAUUCACAUUUGGAAACCAUAACCAACUCUAAUAUCCGGCAACGCAACCUUUCAGAUGCCAUCAAACUGACAACAGCCACAGCUGCCGUUUGAACAGGACACUCGGACUGGACAAGGGGACGUCCUGGAAUAAAUCGCAAAGGAGAGGACUUUGAGUAGCUGGAAAUUAUUAUGGACACUCAGUGCUACUGAUGAGCUUUUCUGCCAUUGUAUUUUUUCUCUAAAGUGCAGCAACUGAACAGUUGUAGAAUGCAUCUCCAUAUCAUUUUGGGUCUCAUUUGAUUUACUCAGCGGGAACAAGAUAUUGACUUCAAUGCACAUGCUGAGGCCUGCCUGAAAGACAUUUAGCACAUUGUAACUGUAUUGACUUUUAUCUACAGUACCAACAAGUGUGUGCGGCAAUACAGACUGGUGUUUUAAGAGAAAAUGCUUUAAAAAGGAAAUCACCUUCUUUCUUUUUUUAAAGAAAUGCUGUGUUUGAUUUAUUAUUUGUGUAUAUUGAAGAGAACAAAGAGUUGAGUGUAUGUUGCAUUUCUGUUAAGAAAGUUGGCCUCUGCAUGAAGGUGACCUAGCAGAAAUCAUGCAAAAAUGUAUUAGACUAUUCAUAGAUGUACAGAGAUAACACGGUGAGGACAUUUCAUAAUAAUUCAUAUUGGAGGAAUAAAAUCACGUUUGGAAAAGUACAUGCUUUAAUAA